GUUCGGGCUGCUAGUGCUGAGAAGAGAAAAGGGAAGGAAGUCUCAGCAGCAGCAGCAGCAGCAGCAUUCAGGAGGAGGGGGCAGAGAAGGCCCCAGGCCUGGUCCCCCAGCCCUGCCCCCUGGCCCUUUCUAGCCAGUUGGCUGGCUGCUGGUAGGGACUGGUGUGGGCUCUACUGGGGAGGCAGCUGUGCCUCAGGGUUGCAGCUGUGGGCCGGCCGGCCACGAGGGGGCUGGAAGACCACUGCAGCUCCAUCGGCACAAGAAGCCUCUCCUGCUGCUGCAGCUACCCGUGUCUCUUGGGUCCAGGUGACCAGCCCAGGAGGGCUACGUUCCAGUUACUGGCAACUGCAGCCUCUUUUUGUCCAGGAUGGGAGGGGUGAGGAUGGGACCUGGCUGGAAGGCAGGCAACAAGGAUCGCCGGACAAUGGUGGACAGGCAUUGAAGGAGAUGGCUGCCUGCUGCUCAAGCGCCUCGGACCUGGUCUUGCUGCAGCUGGAUGUCACAGACCCACACAGCAUCGAGGAAGCUGUCAGGAAAGUGGAAGAGCGCACGGCCGGCUGCGGCCUCAACUUGCUCAUCAACAACGCGGCCCUCACUUGCAACACCAGCCUGGAGUCUGAGACAGCCCAGAGCAUGGAGGCCGCCUACACCACCAACACCAUCGGGCCCCUGCUGGUCUGCCAGGCCUUCCUGCCUCUACUCCAAAGGGCAGCCUGGAGAAGCUUCCAGGGUGGGAUGAGCUGCAGCAAAGCGGCCAUUGUCAACAUCUCCAGCAGCUACGGAUCCCUCUCCUGCUGCGCCGACAGCUGGGAAUGGAAGCAGGACGUCAGCUAUCGCUGCAGCAAGGCUGCUCUGAACAUGCUGACCAAGUGCCAGUCACUCGCCUACGGCCCCUUCUGGGGAAUCCUGUGUGUGGCUGUCAACCCCGAGGGGGUGAAGACCCACGUGGGAGCAGAGCAGGACACCCUGAGCAUAGAAGCCAGCACAGGCGGAAUUGUGCAGGUGCUUUCCGGCCUCUCUGCCAAGGACAGCGGCACCUUUUUAGACUGGAGGGGCCAAACCGUUCCUUGGUGAAGCGGCAGAAGAUAACAUCCUCCCACACGUCCUGGGCCCUGCGACUCCGCUGCAGGAGCAAGCCGCUGGCCUGCCCCACUGUGUGGCCUUCAGCUCCGAGCCCGAGAAAAUUAAAGCUGCUUGCAAUGUAUGCAGUCUGGCGUCUGUCUCUCUUA